UUGCCGAAGUUAUGAUCGGCACGAAAGUUAAAAUUUUAGUGUUUCGCCAUAUUUACUUGGUUUCUCGAAUUUGGCACCAGAACUCGUGCCCAGGAUCUUUAGUCUUUUCUCAUCUCGGAAACCGGCCUGAAAUUUCUCAUAUGAACCCAAGACGAAAUUCGUCCCGGUAACCGGGCUCAUGUGAAGAGGCCCUUGAAACUGUAAUUUUUUAGCAUCGAUCCACUAAUUUUAUUUUAAUCUUAUUAUGAAGAAUAAUCUAGUAAUAAUUAUAGCAAUAUGGUGAUAUAUCGUUCGUUCAUUUCAUUACAGAUAGCGAUGUAUUUACGGGAGAACCAACAGCUUAUAGAAAACCACAAGAGUUUGGUGAAAGUAAUGGAGCUGUUGGUGGAGUCAAAUAUUAAGUCAUCUGAAAUGCACGAAGUACUAGCGAUGAAGAUGCAUUACUUGGCAUUUUUGUUAAAAACAUGCGCGCGUUGGCACGAGGGACUAGAAGGCAAAGACGGAAUUGAAGGCUUCUUAAAAUAGUAAGGUUUAUUAGUAUUAUUAGAUAAUAAAAAUAAUAGUAUUAAUGAUAAUAAUGAUAAUGAUUAACAGUGAUUGAAUGAGGCUGAGUCAGAUGAUUCAAAUGAUGUUUUUGAUUCUACGUUUUAGUUUUUCGAUUUUUCUCUGUUUGUAAUGUUUAGACUCUCUUUUACUUUGGGGAGUCUUUUAUAUAGGGAUAACCUCAAGAUACCCCCUUUCGAGAGACAUUUUGUUUUGUAUUUUAUCUCUUGAAUAAAGUAUUGUAUUGUAUUAUUGUAUUAUGAUACCAAAGCCGAAUUCAGUAAUUGUUUUAUUAUUCAUUCAAAAUAAUUCAUAGUUUGAAAACAAGCUAAAACAAUCCAUGCUAGCGCUUACCUCCUUAGGGCCUGUUUACAUGGAAGUGGGGGACCCCAGGUAGGUGAGGUAACCCGCUUAUCCGGGGUAAAAAAAUAACCAUCCUUUACAUGCAAUCUUAGAACCCCGCCACCUCGGGGUGCACAUUUUCAAGAUUAUUGAAUGGUCGCUAAGCACGUAAACAAUAAAAAUGCUGGCAAACCUCGUGUUUUGGCGAUUAAUGCCCUUCUACACUCACGUGCUGCUCUUGCUGCAACCUUCAGUGCUGUGGCUUUCUAUUGCUACCUUUAAUAAUGAUGCAAAGCCGCCGCCAAAAUGAAUUUUGCUCGAAUUUGAUGUAUUCCGAAUCCGACCCCGGCUCGUCGGGUUACCCCACCUUAAAACGUUUACAUGGCAAAAUUUGACCCCAGCUGAGAGGAUUACCCGGUCUGGCAGACCGGGCUACCCGCCUAGGCGGUCACCCCACCUAACAUGUAAACGUGAUCCAAGUAAAAUGAGAGAUUAUAUGGACAGGCGGGUUAACCCACCUAAGCGGGUUACCUUACCUACCUGGGGUCCUCCACCUCCAUGUAAACAGACCCUUAGAUGUUACGUUCAUCUUCGAUAGUGCAUGUUUAUCGGCAAGUUUUGGAGAUAAAGGUUGUUCAGUUCUGCAAAUAUUCUCCAAAUAGCAGAUGUCGUCCGUGGAGUUGUCUUCUUACUGUUCUCGCUGUGUUUUUAGCCAAUAGUUCGCCCAUUUCUUCUUCGUGAAAUGAGUGAAACGUUCCGCCAUUUUAUAUCAUUACCAAAACAAUUCAAACGUUCUGAAUCUAUUAUUUUGACUUUCUCUCGACAGUCUAACUAAAGGUCGUCCCUCAGAUGGAUUUUUUCUUAAUGUAGAGGACCUCAUACGUCAGGCAAUCAGAAGUUUCGAUUAUCCUGAGUGUACAAUUUUUAAACAGUUGGUACAGACUAUAGCGCCAGUAGAAAAGGUAGGUCGCUGAUAGCAAGUUAAGUACUUUACAGUAGGCCAAAAGCACUGACACGUUACUCAGUUCGGUGAUAUAUGUUUCUGAUUAAGCUCAUAAACAGCCACUCGCGCAGCCCUCUAUGAAUAUACAAUGUAAAGAGGACAGGUAUUGUUGUCUUCUCAUCCUUGACAUUUCUUUUCAUUUCAUUUCACUCAUUUCCUUGUUUCACAAAGUGCGGCUUUUCUGUUGGUAACCCCAAAAACCUGAACCGUAAAACCACGACUAUGCACCUGUUAGUUUAUCUACCAGAUCUCCAGAAAUACAAAAUUGAAGAAACAGUAGCAUUGUUUAUUCCGAUCCACGGGGCGCGGGGAGAGAAAGAACAAAACAAACUUGUAUCAAUAAUUGGAAUUUUUUUUGUUGGAUUCUUAUCACCAGUUACUAUAACAGGUGAGACGUGAGAUUUUCAACGGUCUAGAACGUUCAUCGUCCUAAUUUUUUUCCGUGCAAUUGUUUGACCUUGAAGGUUAAGGCGUUGCCGUUUCCUCCCCCGUCCGCACAGGCAUCUUUCACCCUCCCAAGAUUUCGAUUGCGAAUUGAAAUCAAGAUGGUGGCCCGGCUAUCGAUCUCUACAACCUUCCCGCACAUCAGUAUCUAUUUCGGUCGUUUCGCCCGAAAGUCGAUUCGCCCGACGGCGUUUGCCAGGACAUUAGUCGAUUCACCCGAUGGCAUACAAGACUCUACAAGAUUGUGAACAUACCUUUCGAAAUGUUAUUUUAGUUACCCUUGAAUUCCACAUGUACAGUCACUGUCUUCCCAUGCUGUUUCCUUUAUCCUUUUUGUUUUGUUUUGUUUUUUUUUUAAAGAACGACAAAUACGCUUCGGGCGAAUUGACUUAAUCUGGGCGAACUGCUAUCGGGCGAACGACCUUCUGGCGAAACGACCUGAUACCGCUUUAACCACAUCUAUGGCCGAAUAAUUAUAUAUUUUCUGUAAAAAAUUUCCCUGAUAAAAGAAAGUGUAAAACAGUUUGUCAUAAGCUCAAGUAUGGAUUAACAUAGAAGUUAAAUAGUAUUUUAAUCCACGGUGCUUGUUUAGCCGCGCGUUGCAGUCAUUUCUUCAGUUUUCAAGUUCAAUUUUCUGAUCAUUUGGAGCCAAGAAGUAGUGGACGAAAGAAUGAUUCUUCUUAAAUUGACUGUCACACUUAACCCAGUUAAAGUUAUUGGUUUUAUUGUUUUAAUAUUUGCUUAUUCGUAUUUAACUUUUUGUGUUUGUGUUCAGGGAAGAGAUCCAACCGCACUUUCUGUUAUCACUCAGUGUAUAAACGGGCUUCGUUGGUAAGUUAAAAUUCAUCAGUAACUGCAUGGGCAAGAAAACAUGGGUGAAAUGUGUGCAGGAGUUAUCUGCCAAAGCAACAAAUCUACGCUAAAAAUGUGUAAAUACAGCAAUCUACUGGCAGUACCUUCUCAUAUUUUAAGGCUUCUCCUUUCCAAAUAAGGUUAAAUGGCGUCACGCCGGAAUGAAAUGCUGUAAGCGAGUUUCAGCGUGAUGCACAGAACACACAAAUAAGCAAUUCAGCGAAAAGUAUUGAAGAAGUCAGUAAGGACUACUGUGUAUUUCUCCACCACCAACACUGACUUCAAUACUAAGCGUAAGCAAAGUUUGACACUUCUUUUUUUACCAGUAUAGAGCUGCAAAUAUCCGACGACUUCCGAUUAGAAUACAAAUGCAUACUGUGUGCCUCAUGUACGCAAGCAAAUUGCCCUUUUUAACUGGGACAUUUGCUCAUUCAGUUCCUUAAACUCGCUUUCGUCCACAAAACGUAUACACGCGUCCUUUCCCACGUCUUCCGCCAUUUUAAUUCGCGAAAGUCGCGAAGCAUUGCGUGGGAAAUCCCCCAUCUGUCAACAUUUGUUAAAUUGAGGACAUAUGAUUGGCUAUCACUCAAUCCUCUGGAGAGCUCCAGAAACCAAAAAUAACUUCAAAGGGAUUACGAUGGGUAUAGGACCUGUAUGGGAGAUUCAUUCUCUUAGCCCCUUUAUCCUCUCUUGACCUCCAUUAUGGAUUUCUUGUUUUUUUACAAAGCAUAACUCUUUGCAGGUCUGCAGUGGUACCCCAAAACUUAGAUUUAUGCAGAAAGCGUAUGUUGAUUGUUUGUUUCUUUUUAUGGCACUCGAAACAAUAAGAAAGUUUCAUUAAUAGCGUCCUCGUCGUUUCUCUUUCCAGUGCGGAUUUUAGCGAUUGUUGCUGUGUGUGCACUGAGAAAAAGGAUGUGAAGAAAUGUUCGGCCUGUAAAAUGGUAAGUGGUAGAGAUAUAUGAGCCACCCUUGAAAGAAUCGUUUGGUUUGGUUUUGUUUCAUUUUAGCUGCGUGUUUCUGGUUGUUUCUAUGAAACAGUACUUGGCAAGCCCAUUGGCGGGAAUCCCAUGUCAGAGGCUAGCUGGACCGCGUAGUCAGUGAAUAACCAGCUUGUGUCUUUUCAGGUUGGUUAUUGUAGCGUCAGUUGUCAAAAGCUCCACUGGCAAACACACAAGAAGUUUUGCAAGCAGUUGGCCAAAGAUUACGAGAAGCAACUUGUCGCUAAGCUUGAGGCAGAAAAACUUCAAGAAAUUGAUAAAACUGAAAAAGAUAAACCGGUUGAGGUUAAUGGUGAAAAUAAAUGCGUGUUAAAUGGAAAAGACGACCAAUCUAUGAACUAUCAAAAGACAGCAACUAAAAAUGAAGAUGCAACGGCAGCUCAACUUCACGAUGAUAACAGAGAGAUCAAGCAUGAGCCCACGGGCACAUAGUCAAGUGUUGUUGACAUAGUAGUUUCUGUCUUAUUAAUAAGGUGAUAAUUUAUUUCGUUUAUCCGCUUAUCCGUUACAGCGUGUGUGAUUAUUGCGCCAAAGAGCUUGAUGUUAUUUCCAGUCCCAUAUCAAUUUCUUCUUAAAUCCAGCGUUUGCUGCAAACGACA